AUGCUUCGUAGCCAAAGCAAGUUUGAAGUGUUGGUGUUUCUUGUGCUCUUUGUGGAUGGAGGAGGUGGCAGACUUCUCUUGGAUGGAACCAAAGAGCAAAAAAGAGAGAAAGAUACAAAAAAGUACAGAACAAAAAAGAGAAGAGAAAAACAAAGAGAAAGAAAAAAGAGAGAAAGAGAGAAAGAGAGAAAGAGAAGAAAGAGAAGAGAAAAGAGAGAAAGAGAGAAAGAGAGAGAGAAGAGAAGAAAGAGACAAAGAGAAAAUAGAGAGAAAGAGACAAAGAGAAAAGAG